AUGGAGGUGGAUGCAGACCAGAAGCGUCACCGCACACGCUCUAAAGGUAUCCGAGUCCCCAUAGAACCAGUAAUCCAAGAACUCUUCAGUUGUCCAACUCCUGGCUGUGAUGGCACAGGCCAUGUUAGUGGAAAAUACGCAAGGCACCGAAGUGUUUAUGGAUGUCCAUUAGCAAAAAAGAGGAAAAUACAGGACAAGCAACCAAGUGAACCAGCUCCUAAGAGAAAACCUUUCCUGGUGAGAACAGACAACUCUUCUGUAGAUGAGUGCUAUGAGACUGAUGGUACAGAGGAACUGGAUGAGAAAGAUGAGGAGUAUUCUGAUGAAAAUGAUGAUCAGGAGGAAGAUGAAGAGGAGGAAGAGGAUGUGGAAGCGGAAGAGGAAGACGAAGAUGAAUUAGAAGAGGAAGAUGAGGAAGAUGAAGAGUAUGAAGAUCAGAGUAAUGAACAAGAAGACCUUCAAGAAGAAUCUGAUAAUAUCAGGAGAAACCAGGACAUUGAGAAAGAUGAUAACAACAAUGAUGAAUAUGACAAUUAUGAUGAGCUUGUUGCAAAAUCAUUAUUAAACCUGGGAAAAAUAGCUGAAGAUGCAGCAUUUAGGGCUAUGACAGAGUCUGAAAUGAGUGACAGCACGGCGCGUGGCCUGGAGGAUGAUAGUGACACUAACGGGAGCAGGGGUAGAAAAACAAAUAAAAGUGACUCCUGCCAGCUGAGUUUGGAUGUUGACAGUGAUGUUGUUAGGGAAACAGUGGAUUCCCUUAAACUCCUGGCACAAGGACAUGGUGUGGUACUUUCAGACAAUGCAAGUGUUAGGGGUCGUAUAGAUGGUUUAAUACAGAAUGAAAUUAGAAAUGUGAACUUAGGAUCAUGCAAGUCCACCAAUGAUGGUAUGGAAAAGACUGUUGAUGAAAGUGAUGAGGCUGUUUGCCUGAGCAGUCUUGAGUGCCUAAGGAACCAAUGUUUUGACUUGGCUAGGAAGCUAAGUGAGAGUCAGCACGAGGAAAGAAACCAGCAACAUCAUUUUAGUGAUUGUCAACAGAACAGACCUGAUGAUGACAUCACAAGAAGGAUGUCAGAUCGGAACUAUUCAGAUAUGGUUAACCUGAUGAAGCUUGAAGAACAGCUUAGUCCUCGCUCUAGAGCUUUUUCUUCUGGUGUUAAGGAAGAAGAAUCACAUGACAGAGAUGAUGACACUGGCUCAGUCAAAUCUGACCGGUCUGAGGAGGUGUUUGAUAUGACCAAGGGAAACUUGACUCUGUUAGAAAAGGCCAUUGCACUGGAAACAGAGAGAGCUAAGGCAAUGAGAGAAAAAAUGGCAAUGGAAACUGCAAAGAGGGAUGCGUCAGAUCAAAUUCCAAGGCAUCAUGUCGGAGAUGAGAAGAAGUCUAGAUCCUCUGAUGGUCAUGUUAAAAAGCCAUACUACCCUAAAGAAUCAUCGAGACCUGAAAAGAAGGAAAGCAAGUGCCCCACGCCAGGAUGUGAUGGAACUGGACACGUCACAGGCCUUUACCCCCAUCAUCGCAGCUUGUCAGGCUGUCCACACAAAGACAGGGUUCCCCCAGAAAUUCUUGCCAUGCAUGAAAAUGUGCUUAAGUGUCCUACACCAGGCUGCACUGGGCGAGGCCAUGUAAAUAGCAACAGGAAUUCUCAUAGAAGUCUCUCUGGAUGUCCCAUUGCUGCUGCAGAGAAGCUGGCUAAAGCUCAAGAAAAGCACCAUAACAAUGAAGCAACAAAAUCUAACCAGGGUUCAGAUCGUGUAUUAAGGCCUAUGUGUUUUGUUAAGCAGCUCGAGAUCCCACAGUAUGGCUACAGACACAGUGUUUCCACCACCACACCUCGAUCUAAUCUGGCAAAAGAACUGGAGAAAUACUCUAAGACUACAUUUGAAUAUAACAAUUACGACAACCAAGCUUUUGGAAAACGAGCUAUUGCUCCCAAAGUCCAGGCUCGGGAUGCGUCUCCCAAAGGGUAUGACGAUGCAAAGCGAUUUUGCAAGAACUCCAGUUCAGCCAGCAGCACGACGAGUAGCUAUGCUCCCAGCAGUAGCAGCAGCAGUAUCAGCUGUGGUGGAGGCAGCAGUGCCAGCAGCACCUCGAGCAAGAGCAGCUUCGACUACACACAUGACAUGGAGGCAGCACACAUGGCAGCCACAGCAAUUCUGAAUUUGUCCACCAGGUGCCGCGAGAUGCCUCAGAACCUCUCGACCAAGCCUCAGGAUCUGUGUGCUAGGAAUCCUGAGAUCGAGGUGGAUGAGAAUGGAACCCUAGAUCUGAGCAUGAACAAACAGAGGCACAGGGAUGGCAGCUGUGGCAGCAGCAGCAGCACUGGCCUGCUGACUCCAUUAGAGCCAAUGUCCCCACAACGACAGAACAUGAUGGUCAACAAGUGCUAUACAAUGAACGAGAGUGAUUGCUGGGACUUUCCGGUAGACUACACCAAAAUGAAACCUAGGACGAUGGACGAGGAGGAUCCCAAAGAGGUAUUUCCAGAAGACAUGGAUCCAUUUCAGGAAAGCCUGGAAGAACGGAGGUAUCCUGGUGAGGUCACAAUACCAAGUCCCAAACCUAAAUAUGGACAAUGCAAGGAUAUCAGCAAAAAAGACCUCAUAACUCUAUCCGGCUGUCCUUUGGCUGACAAAAGUAUUCGAAGUAUGAUGGCCACCAGCUCACAAGAACUCAAAUGUCCGACCCCUGGAUGUGAUGGAUCUGGGCAUAUCACUGGAAACUAUGCUUCUCAUAGGAGUCUUUCAGGCUGUCCCCGAGCAAAGAAAAGUGGAAUCAAAAUUGCUCAAAGUAAAGAUGACAAAGAAGAUCAGGAGCCCAUCAAAUGUCCUGUUCCUGGGUGUGACGGUCAAGGUCAUGUGACUGGGAAGUAUGCGUCCCAUCGUAGUGCAUCAGGGUGCCCGCUAGCUGCCAAAAGGCAAAAGGAUGGCUACCUUAAUGGUUCACAGUUUUCAUGGAAGUCUGGGAAAACAGAAGGCAUGUCCUGUCCAACUCCAGGAUGUGAUGGUUCAGGACAUGUAAGCGGAAGCUUUCUUACCCAUCGCAGCCUGUCAGGAUGUCCGAGAGCAACUUCUGCAAUGAAGAAAGCAAGGUUGUCGGGAGAGGAGAUGUUGACGAUAAAGCAACGAGCCAGUAAUGGGAUAGAGAACGAUGAAGAAAUCAAGCAGCUGGAUGAAGAAAUUAAAGAAUUAAAUGAAUCUAAUUCCCAGGUGGAAGCAGACAUGAUCAAGCUUAGAACUCAGGUAAAAAUUCAGCAUUGUAUCACAACAAUGGAAAAUAACUUAAAAACGAUAGAAGAAGAAAACAAAGCAAUUGAACAACAGAACGAGUCCCUUCUGCACGAGUUGGCCAAUCUUAGUCAGUCUCUGAUCCAUAGCUUGGCCAACAUCCAAUUACCACACAUGGAUCCAAUAAAUGAACAGAAUUUUGAUGCCUACGUGACGACUUUAACGGACAUGUAUACGAAUCAAGAUCGCUAUCAGAGCCCGGAAAACAAGGCCCUGCUGGAAAACAUAAAGCAAGCUGUAAAAGGAAUUCAGGUCUAA